AUGAUUGUAUUUGAUUGUAUUGGUAGUGAUUGUAGUGAGAGUGAUUGUAGUGGUAGUGAUUGUAGUGGCAAUGAUUGUAGUGGCAAUGAUUGUAAUGAAAGUGAUUGUAGUAGCAGUGAUUGUAGUGAUUGUGGUGACAGUGAUUGUAGCAGCAGUGAUUGUAGUGACAGUGAUUGUAAUGGCAAUGAUUGUAGUGGUAUGACUAGGAUUCCAGUUACAGUUAUUGUAGCAGCAGUGAUUGUAGUGACAGCGAUUGUAGUAGCAGUGAUUGUAGUAGCAGUGAUUGUAGUGACUAGGAUUCCAGUUACAGAUAUUGUAGCAGCAGUGAUUGAAGUGACAGCGAUUGUAGUAGCAGUGAUUGUAGUUACUGAUUUUAGUGACAGUAAUUCAUAUAUCAGUGAUCAUAGUGACAGUGAUUGUAGUGACAGUGAUUGUAGUGACAAUGAUUCCAGUGGCAAUGAUUGUAAUGACAGUGAUUGUAGUGACAGUGAUUGUAAUGUGAUAGUGAUUGUAGUAGCAGUGAUUGUAGUGACUGAUUGUUGUGACAGUGAUUCUAGUGACUGUGAUUGCAGUGGUAGUGAUUAUAGUAGCAGUGAUUGUAGUGACAGUGAUUGUAGUGACAGUGAUUAUAGAAGCAGAGAUUGUAGUGACAGUGAUUCUUGUGUCAGUGACUAUAGUGACAGUGAUUGUAGUGAUAGAGAUAAUAUUGACAGUAAUAGUAGUGGCAGUGAUUGUAGUGACAUGAUUGUAGUGACAGUGAUUGUAGUGGUAGUGUUUGUAGUAGCAGUGAUUGUAGUAAGUGAUUGUAGUGACAGUGAUUAUAGUAGCAGAUAUAUUAGUGACAGUGAUUGUAGUGGCAAUGAUUGUAAUGAAGGUGAUUGUAGUAGCAGUGAUUGUAGUGAUUGUGGUGACAGUGAUUGUAGCAGCAGUGAUUGUAGUGACAGUGAUUGUAAUGGCAAUGAUUGUAGUGGUAUUAUUGAUUGUAUUGUCAGUGAUUGUAUUGUCAGUGAUUGUAUUGACAGUGAUUGUAGUAUUGAUUUUAUUGGCAGCGAUUGUAUUGGCAGUGAUUGUAUUGACAGUGAUUGUAGUUGCAGUGAUUGUAUUGGCAGUGAUUGUAGUAGCAGUGAUUGUAGUCACUGA